AUGCGUUUGAUAAUAUUGGAGGACGCCAGCGUGGUGGCGGACUGGGCGGCGCGGUUUGUGCUGCAGCGCAUCACACAGUUCGCGCCCGGCCCCGGCCGACACUUCGUGCUGGGGCUGCCCACCGGAGGCACCCCGCUCGGCAUGUACCGCCGUCUCAUCGACUUCUACAAGGAGGGGCGCAUCUCCUUCAAGUAUGUGACCACCUUCAACAUGGACGAAUACGUCGGUCUGCCACGCGACCACCCGGAGUCGUAUCACUACUACAUGUGGAACGAGUUCUUCAAGCACGUGGACAUUGAGCCCAGCAACGCGCACGUGUUGGACGGGAACGCGCCCGACCUCGUGGCAGAGUGCAAGCGUUUCGAGGACCUCAUCGCGGCCGCCGGCGGAGUGCAUCUCUUCAUUGGAGGUAUCGGGCCGGACGGACACAUCGCGUUCAACGAGCCGGGCUCCUCGCUCGUGUCGCGCACGCGCGUCAAGACGCUGGCCUACGACACACUCGAGGCCAACAAACGUUUCUUCGGCAAUGACAUCAGCAAAGUGCCGCGCCAGGCACUCACUGUAGGAGUCGGGACGGUCAUGGACGCUAAAGAGGUGAUGAUACUGAUCACCGGCGCGCACAAGUCGCUGGCGCUGGCCAAGGCCGUGGAGGAGGGAGUCAACCACAUGUGGACCGUGUCGGCCUUCCAGCAACAUGCGCAGGCGCUGUUCGUGUGCGACGAGGACGCCACGCUCGAGCUGCGCGUCAAGACCGUCAAGUACUUCAAGAGCCUCAUGACGGAGCACAACAAGCUGCUCGAGAUCCUCGCGCGGUGA